AUGACCCAGCGGCAAAACUGGAAUAGCUAUGAAGAUGUGCUGGAGAACAUCAAGACCAAGAAGGUCCAGGUGGUGGACUCCAGGUCUGCUGGCAGGUUCCGGGGUACCGAACCAGAACCCAGAGAAGAUAUCCUCCCUGGGCAUUUCCCCGAAACCAUUAACAUCCCCUUCACGUCUUUCCUGGAUUCCUCUGGAAAGCACCACAGCCCUGAGAAUCUGACCAGGCUCUUCCAGGAGGCCGGGGUGGACCUGGAGAAGCCGCUCUGGGCCUCCUGCGGUUCUGGAGUCACAGCGUGUCACGUGAUCCUGGCUGCCCACCGGCUUGGCUAUUCUGGGGUUGGUCUUUACGACGGGUCCUGGGGAGAAUUUUUCAAAAGGGCUCCUCCAGAGCUCAUCGUCUCAGAGGGAAAGAAGGAGUGAUAGCCAGGUGCAAUCGAGAACAGGUCACUCUUUGAGGAUGGGAGCAACAUUUUGCUGUGGAGAAGCUUAAAAUACUCACCUUGUAUUGGGAGGUUUGUGCUGGGAUGAGCACAUGAAAGGCUUUGAUGAAUCAUGACUAACUUCACUUAAAGAGAGACGCAGAUUUUAAGAGUUGUAGAAGAAAUCAUUUCAGAGAAUCUCACACUGUGCUAUGCAAAUGUAAUCUAGUUUUUAUUUUGUGAUUUAAUAUAAAAUUAAAGAAAAUGAUUCAUAUUACAUGUUAAAUAAUGUGUUUCAAUAUGUAUCACUGCUCAAUAAUGUGAAAACUGAACUGCCAAAGUGCCUUAAAUCUGCAUGCAUCUUAUGGUGCUACAGUCUGUUGUUAUACUGCUGUUAAUGUAAUGAUUCAGUGAGAAAUUAUGCAAACUGGUAAAUGUUGCAGAACUCAAUGCAUUUCAAUUGUAGAUCAUAGCAUUAAAGGAAUUGCCACAUUUUA